CCCGGAGCGGGCACUUGAGCGGACUUGCUCGUGUCAUCCGCUGUGCGCAUACUUCUACCCGUAUACCCGUACAAGCCAUGACGAUGCGCCGGUCGCUCGACGUCCUGUCGGUGCUCUCGACGGACGACCUCGCCGACUACGAUGUCAUCUCGGACGGCCCACGCUCUAUGGAGUCCAGCAUUGCGGACCUGGGGCCGCCACGGUUCGCUGGAGGGGAGCCCGCGCCGCUGCCGUCUGCGAUGGAGAAAUUCGACACUGUCGGCCUGACCGCGGAGGAUGUCCAAGCGUACGUGCAGCGUUCGCUUAACGCGACAUUAGCAGGAGGGCGGGGAGACGACUCCCGGACAUGGAGGGUGUACGUGGAUGGUGUAUUUGGGCCGCUCACGCCGAGGGACGUCUUGCAGCUCCGCCAAGCCAAGCUUUCCUUCCCCUCCGUCUAUCUUCUGGUCGGAGUGUUCUCCGACGAGCUGUGCGACGAGCAUCAUGCCUCAACAGAACUUCCACACGUAGACCGCUGCGAGGUCCUGCGGCAUUGCAGGUGGGUGGACGAGGUCGUGCCGGACGCUCCGUGGACGCUGCACGAGAAAUUCCUACGUGCGCGCCAGAUCGACUUCGUGGCCAUCGACGAAGGAACAUCCAUAGACCCGGAUUGCGACCGGGACCGAUUGAAGGGAUACGACCUCGUGAAGAGUCUCCGGAAAUCGAUCCCGACUCGGAGGACGUAUGUGUCAACGCCGAUGCCGAGACUUCACGACCCGGGGUCGGCCUCCGCGAGAGGGACCAUGAAAGGUGCACCCGCGGCGCUGAAACAGGAGACCGAGCCGGCAGCGGAUGAGCUGAAGGAAGCACUAGAGACACCAUUUGGAGAACCGAAGCAGUCGAGUCCGUUCGAGGAACCGAAGGUAGACGAUUUCGGGACAGGAUAUGGGAUUUGA